CGCUCGCUGACCAAACAUCACGCAUUUCACAUCAAGUCUCCGUCCACUCAGCGGUAGAUAAUAUCGAUAUCACUAGUGUCAAAUGUUUGUAAACGGUGUCCAAGUUAUCAGUUCACGCUUGAAUAACAUUACAUUGACUUCACUCAGUAUACAAGGAAAUAUGCAUCAAAACAAUGAAAAGACAGAGGUGUGCCAGAAGGGCAGACUUCCACCAAUGUUGCAUCUCACACCAUCCGGUACAAAUCAAAAAAGGGUCGACAGCAGUCCUCACCAAAAGAUCGACAACCCUUGGCUACUGAAACCUCAACACGAAAUCCCGCCCACGCCUCCGCCCCAAGCCGACCAAAAACCCGCUAGUUUCUUUCAACAAAGAAUUGGAUAAAUCUUUAAUAGGACAGUUGAAAAUAAUCGAAAUAACAUUAUUAUGGCAAGUUGCCAUCUUGCCGAAAUACGGACUUUCGAAUAAGUCAUAUAAAAAUACUCCAUUACGUUAAUAAAGCAAACACGUAAAUAAUGAGUCGGGAUCAAGGAAUAAUUUUGCCAAACUGUGACACAAGGAAAGUGAUGCGAGGCGAUCAUGACAUGUAUGUGCGUCAACAUUUCUGAGAGAUCGAGUGGAUAAACGUUGUGUAUUAUUAGUAAAGUUAGUAGGAACUAGGAACCUUAUUGGAUGCUUUGUAUAAGUGCGUUUUUGACUGUAGUAAGGACAUCAAUAAUAUAAUGUAAAUAUAAAUAAGUAUCGUUAAGUUAUAAUACUAAAGUAUAAACUGUGUUAAGUUUUUUUUAAAUAUGCUAUGAAUUAAUAAAUAUAAUAAUUAAUUUUAAAAAGACGUAUUUAGUUAUCGUAUAUUUUAUGUGAACGCAAGUUAAAAUAACAAUAAGUUCAGACAGUAAAAAUUCCUAUGUAUUGUUUCCAGUAUUAAAGUAAAAAAAAAUAUAUAAAUAAAUUCAUUGAAUUUCGACUAGAGCUUUAUCGCGUUUGUAAUGUGUAGGAACUGUGCCAAAAAUGUGAAUAUGAAAUUCUAUGUAGUUAGUGACAUGUUAUGUACAACAUAACUGCAAGUAUAGAGCUUUUAACAAUGAAAUAGUAGUUAUAACGAGUCCAAAUUACCACUUUCGCGACUAACUCUACUCUCAUAAUCGCUAUAUACUCGUAGUUUAAUUCUGAUGUUGUUUAUUCCUUUCAAGUAGAUUAAUCCCUUUAAUAAGAAUCCUUAUAAACUCUGUCAAGUGAAUAUUAUUUUAUAUACUUCGUACAGUCCUUCUUAGGUUUCAUAUUACGAUGAUAACAUUCAAUAUUUUUUAACGUUGAAGAUUAAAAACAAAAUCAUUAAAACUUUUCCACAAGCCUAACUAGUUAUAAGAAUAUGCCAAGUGAUUCGGGUGUUGUAUAUAAUGAGAAAAAACAAGCAAUAAAAAUUACGAUACGAACAAACUAUACAGUACAAUAAUAAUGGUUGCUGGGAGUAAAGUUCAAUUGUCUAAUAAAAUGUGUACUUUAAUCUUUCUA